UUGCCAGCCUGGCUUUAGCCCACACAUCCUACAUUCUCACUGAAGAUACCUAAACUACCCCCGAACCACUCUCUCAUAUCACCAUCUCCUCUUCCAACUAUACUCUACUAUUAUCAACCAAGAUUCAAAGUUUCAAACACCAUGUCACUCCUCUCCAUCUUUCUCUUCCUAAACGCCGUCGUCUUUUCCGUACACGGCUUACCAAGCGCAGAACUCCCCGCUUUUAGAGAAGCACCAGCAUUUCGAAACGGCAGAGAAUGUCCCAAAACGACGUGGCUUUCAUCACUCAACAACCACCACGAUCCUUCCAUUAUUCACAUUGCAAUGACACUCGAUGCCACCUAUCUCCGCGGCUCAGUCGCUGGAGUCCUAUCGGUCCUCCAACACGCCGCCUGUCCUGAAAAUGUAGUCUUCCACUUCAUCGCCACUCACCGUCGUGCAGACCUCCGACGCACAAUCACCUCCACAUUCCCUUACCAAACCUUCCACCUCUACCACUUCAACACUGACCUAGUCAAAGGUAAAAUCUCCUCCUCCAUUCGCCGGGCCCUCGAUCAACCGUUGAAUUACGCGCGUAUCUACCUCGCAGAUCUUUUACCGAUGUCCGUGCGGAGAAUCAUUUACUUCGAUUCUGAUUUAAUCUUGGUUGAUGACGUGGCAAAGUUAUGGAACAUCAAUUUAGGUGCACACGUACUUGGUGCACCAGAAUACUGCCACGCGAAUUUUACGAAUUAUUUUAAUUCUCGAUUUUGGUCCAAUUCAGCGUGUGCGGCGUCGUUGAGAGGGAGGAGAGCGUGCUAUUUCAACACGGGGGUGAUGGUGAUAGAUUUAGGGAAAUGGAGAGAAGGGAAAUACACGGAAAGAUUAGAGUACUGGAUGAAAGUACAGAAGAAGUAUAGGAUUUACGAGCUGGGUUCGUUGCCUCCUUUUCUGCUUGUUUUUGCUGGUGACGUGGAGGGUGUUGAGCAUAGAUGGAAUCAACACGGGCUAGGCGGUGAUAAUCUUGAAGGGUUGUGUAGGGAUUUGCAUCCUGGCCCGGUUAGUUUGUUACAUUGGAGUGGUAAGGGCAAGCCGUGGCUUAGGCUGGACUCUAAAAGACCGUGUCCAUUGGAUUAUUUAUGGGCCCCUUAUGAUCUUUAUCGUCAUUCAACAUUGUUUUGUGAUAGCUAGAGAUGGUGCUGAAAUCUUGAUCAGAGGUUGAGGAUUUAUGUUUGUGUGUGUUUGAGAGAGGGAGAGUAUUCAUUGUCAGGGUGUCAGGACAAAAGUUUACGAGGGAAUUUUUGUCUGGUCUAUGCAAGAGUUAAGACCAUUGGGGGGUUACGGCCGUUAAGGGGAAGUUAACGGCUGUGAUUUUGUGGAAAAAGGAGUGUUGGAUUGCUUUAAAAAUUGUAGAGGAAAAGUGAGAUCUUUGGUUGGAUGUCAUGGGGAUUAAUGGCCGGUGGUGGUUGGUUGCAUGGUUAGGGAAAGGUGGCGGUGGCGGUUGCGGUUGCGGUUGCGGUGGGUUUUAUCAUGGAAAAUGGUUUUCAAGGGGGUUUUGGAAUUAUUGCUUUUUGUAUAGGAUAAUAGGAGUGGAAAGUGAAAGAGGUAUUGCUAAAUACCAAUAAGAUGUGUCCACUUUCUACAGUGUUUGAUUAAUGUUUGUCCGCUGAUAAAAAUUGUCACCAUCGAUGUGGGCCUUAGACUGUCGUAGGUAAUGGAUGGCAUUGUUUUGGCUAGAAUCUUUAAGUUGUUUAAUUUAAAACCAGUUUUUGGAA